AUUCCGGUCGGUGCCAGAGAGCGCAGAAGAUCCGGAAUGUACCCAGGGAGUCUGCCGGGAAUUACGGACCCUGCAGCAGUAGCUUAAGGGACCUGCUGGCCCUUGAGCAGGGUGUUGGAAACAGGCCUGUGGCACUGGCCCAAGCCAGUUGAUGGUGCCUUUUUUGGGGUGAACGGCCAGCUGACCCCCAGUGGUACUUGUGUCGUGUCCCUGUGACAGACUGUCAAGGCCCAGGCCACCUAGACCGACUUCGCUCAUGGAGCCACAGGGUGAGAAGCCAGGAGAGGCUGACGGGGUGCGCAUCACGCCUCAGCUGCUCAAGUCACGCUCGGGCGAGUUUGCCCUGGACUCCAUCCUGCUGCUGAAGCUGCGAGGCUUGGGGCUGGUGGACCUGGGCUGCCUGGGGGCAUGCCUGGGCCUCGAGUGGCUGGACCUGUCAGGCAAUGCGCUUACCCAGCUGGGCCCACUGGCCUCCUUGCGCCAGCUGGCUGUGCUCAAUGUCGCCAACAAUCGGCUGAUGGGGCUGGAGCCGCUGGCCGCCUGCGAGAACCUGCAGAGUCUCAAUGCAGCUGGCAACCUGCUGGCCACCCCCGGCCAGCUGCAGUGUUUGGCCGGACUGCGGGGCCUCGAGCACCUGAGGCUCCGGGACCCUUUGGCCCGGCUCAGCAACCCGCUUUGUGCCAGCCCCUCCUACUGGGCGGUGGUCCGCGAGCUGCUGCCCGGCCUGAAGGUCAUCGAUGGUGAGCGUGUGACUGGGCGAGGUAGUGAGUUCUACCAGCUGUGUCGGGACCUGGACAGCUCCCUGUGGCCCAGCUCCAGCCCAGGCCCCAGCACUGCUGAGGCCCAGCCCUGGGUGGAGCCAGGAUACUGGGAGGCCUGGCCCACCCGCAGCAGCUCCAUCCUGGAGGAGGCCUGCCGGCAGUUCCAGGACACACUACAGGAAUGCCACGAGCUGGACCGCCAGGCCCAGGACAGCCUGGCGCAGGCCCAGCAGGCGCUCAGCCCUGUGGGCACCACCUCAUCCUUUGUCUUUUGAAUAUGCUCCAUGGCGUGGGACAGCCUGGCCUGUGGCCGUGGGGUCGGCGCAGUGUGGCCUAGCUGCCCACAUCCUCCCUCCUGUCUCUGCACUGGUCUUCAGGGUUUCAUCACGCCGGUCACUGGCCAGCAAACUGCUAUUUGCUUAUCCCUGUUACUAAAAGCAGCCCCCUCCCUUCCACUCCUACUUCAAGGAAAAUUCCACACCUUCCUUCAACAUUCUUCAGGGAGGCACCUCCCCAGUGGCCUCUAGCAGGUGUAAGGGCCCUCACAAGCAGCUGGCACCUGUCCUGCCACCUAUGCUGUGUGCCUGGCAGGCCCCAGGCCAUGUCCACAGCUGCUGCUCGGGCCUAAGACAUAGUGGAAGGAUGCUUUGUUUCCUAAGGUCAAAGGUGGCAAAGGCAGGGAUGGCAUCCCCUGUCCAGAGGUCCUGGAAGAGGACGUGCAGCGCCCUCCCAGAGCGCAGAGCAUGCAGGCUGCCCUUACCCACCUGCCACAUCUGCCUGUCCAGGUGACCCUCCGCUGUGGUCCCCUGGAGCCUUCAUUGCCCAUCGUCACCCACGCUAACCCCUAUUAAACAUUUCUGUUUUAAUUUGCA